AUGCAUCGCAGCAUGAGUCUGAACUACAACUUUGUCAUUGAGGGAGAGGUUGAAGUGCUCCUGGACUCGGGCGAGACAAGGACUUUGAAGCGAGGGGACGGAUUGGUCCAGCGUGCCGUUAACCAUGCGUGGAGGAACACAAGUGAGAUGAAGUGGGCGAGGAUCACCGCCGUUGUGUUGCCCGUGCAAGAUUUUCAAGUUGGAGGGCCAGAAGGAAAGAUGCCUAGGGGGACAGAAGGGGAGAAAUAG